AUGCAGCUAACGGUGAAGGCACUCCAGGGCCGCGAGUGCAGCCUUCAGGUGUCAGAGGACGAGCUGGUGUCCACGCUGAAACAUCUGGUCUCCGAGAAGCUGAACAUCCCUGUCCGCCAGCAGCGGCUGCUGUUCAAGGGCAAGGCCCUGGCAGAUGGGAAAAGACUCUCCGAUUACAGCAUCGGGCCGAAUUCCAAGCUCAACCUAGUGGUCAAACCUCUGGAGAAGGUGUUACUGGAAGAAAGCACCGCGCGGAAAACGGCCGAGGUCCCGGCCCCACCGCCCGCCGCCUGGCCGCUCAUUUCCAGAGUCCUGGCCCGGCAUUUCAGCGCCGCCGAUGCCAGCAGAGUCCUGGAUCAACUCCAGAGGGAUUAUGAGCGGUCCCUGAGCCGCCUGACGCUGGAUGACAUUGAACGCUUGGCUGGCCGCUUCCUGCACCCCGAAGCGACUGAAGCUAUGGAGAAGGGGUUCUCCAAUGUCUGCUUCAUCCCAGGCCUCUACCUCAGGAUCAGAAGAUGGCUGCCUGCAGCUUCCACCGAACCCCUCGGUCACAGCCAGCACGGAGCACCUUCCCGUCCUCUAGCGUAG